CAUCACGCCCUCUGGAAGGGAGGUGUACUUCAUCGGGAUGUCAGCCCUAGCAACCUCAUGGUGUACCACUUACGCGGUCAAUACAUAGGCAUUCUCAAUGACUAUGACUUAUUGUCGUUUGAAUGUGAUGGUUCCAGGGGCCUCAAGCGCAUAGGAACGGUACCAUUCAUGGCGGUAAACCUCCUUUCACUAGCAGCCAUGGCAGGCAAAGUUGAGCAUGUGUAUGCGCAUGAUGCUGAAUCAUUGAUCUGGGUCCUCACUUGGGUCUGUCUU